AUGUCUCGUCAGGUUAAGGACAUUAAGGAGCAGUUGGAUACUAUUGUCAGUAACCAUCACAAAUUUGGGCUUAGUGUUGACUAUAAUCCUAUUUGUAGAAGGAGGGAGGAAACUUGCUCCUACGUGGAUGCAGGGGAUAUCAUUGGGAGGGAGGACGAUAAAAAGGUUGUCAUUGAUAUGUUGUUAGGUCCCAAUGAUGUUCAUGAAAGUUUCCGCUUUGUGACUAUUGUGGGAGUUGGAGGAUUGGGUAAAACUGCUCUUGCCCAGCUUGUGUAUAACGAUAACGAGGUUGAAGCCAAGUUUCCGGAUCCUAAGUUAAAGGUUGUGGAAUUAGUUUCUGGUAAAAGGCCUGACGAUACCUCCUCAAUGGAGUUUGUGCAAAAGCAAUUUCAAGAGCAGUUAAGAGAAAAGAAGUACUUGCUUGUUCUUGAUGAUGUAUGGAAUGAAGAUUGUGAGAAAUGGCGUAAUCUGUGCAGGUUCUUAAUACUGGGUCAAGAGGCAUUUGACAAAGGGGAACACGAACAUGCAAAUCAUCUUGAAUUAGUUGAAAUUGGGAAGAAGAUUGUUGAAAAAUGCUAUAACAUUCCGCUAGCUAUAAAGGUGGUAGGAAGCCUUCUAUUUGGUCAGCAUAUGAAUAAGUGGCAGACAUUUGAGCACAGCGGAUUUGCUGGAAUUGGAAAAGGUGAUAAUGAAAUUAUGUCUAUACUAAAGCUUAGUUACCACAACCUUAGACCCUCUUUGAAGAAUUGUUUUAGCUAUUGUGCACUAUUUCCCAAAGAUUAUAGACUCAAGAGGAAGGAGUUGAUUAGCCUUUGGAUAGCACAAGGCUACAUUGCGUCGCUGGACAGAGAUCAAAGCAUAGAAGAUGCAGCAGAGGAGCAUUUCCUGAUUUUGGUUCGCAGAUGUUUCUUUCAGGAUGUAGAGAAGGAUGAAUAUGGUGACAUUGAGUACGUGAAAAUGCAUGAUGUUGCUCAAGAAGUGGGGAGGGAGGAAAUUGGUGUAGUGAGUUCUAAUACAACCAAAUUGGGAGAUAAAGUUCGUCAUGUGAAUUUUGCUCGUGGUACUUUUUCACAAAGUUACUCAUUUAAGAGUAAGAUACGUUCGUUGAUUUCAAGGGGUGAUUUCUUGUCCGGUUUCCAGGUGUUGGGUGAUUCGGUGGCGGUGGAUGCACAAAUUGAUAGUUGGAUUGGUCUAAGGGUGUUGUGCUUGCAGUCAAUAGGUAUAAAAAGGCUUGAUUCAAUUGGUAAUCUAUUGCAUUUAAGGUAUCUUGACUUGUCUAAUUCUCAGUUACAGGCACUCUCUGAUUCUAUUACUAGACUACAUAAUCUGCAGACUUUAGAUUUAACAUAUUGCAUACAUUUGAGGGAGUUGCCAAAGGAUUUUAGCAAAUUGGUAAAACUUAGGUACUUGGAUUUAAGUGGUUGUUCUGAUUUGAGUGGUAUGCCUUCGGGCAUGGAUAAAUUGAUAAAUCUUAGGCACUUUGAUUUAAUUAGGUGUGAUUUAAGUAGUAUGCCAUCAGGCAUGGGUAAGUUGACUAAUCUUAGGGUGCUACCAUUAUUUGUGGUGGGUAUGGAAACGAGAGUUUCAACAGAGGAGCAAUGUAUGGGAGAGCUCAAAGACCUUAAACCCCUGACCAACUUGAAAGGUGGCAUAGUGAUCGAAAUCGGCAAAUUUUACAAGAAUGAUGGAGGAGAAGAGUAUUUGAAGGGUUUGAAAUAUCUCACUAAGGUUGAAAUAAGCUUUCUUAAACCAAUAAGAUUUGGUUACAAUGCUGAUGAAGAUGAUGGAUGUUUAGAGUGGGAAGAUGUGAUGGAAAAGCUAGAGCCACCUUCAAAUCUCAAGAUAUUCAGCUUGUGUGGAUACAUGGGUACGACAAUUCCAUGGUGGGGUAGAGCACUGGAUAACUGGGCACUCUCCCUCCCACUUCUUGUCGAGAUCAAUCUUUUAUACUGUAAGAAUUUGGAGCAGAUACCAUCGUUGAGUAAACUGUGUAAUCUGAAAUCACUGAGACUUGAACAUCUAAAAAAGCUGGAAUAUAUGGAGAAUACAAGCAGCAACAAUGCCAAUGAAGGAGAAGAUUUUACGGCAUUCUUCCCCUCCCUUAAAUUACUCUACAUUCACGAUCUCGGUAGUUUGAAAGGAUGGUGGAGGGAGGAUGAUGAUGAUGAUGACCGUAUCUUGAGGAGUAGCUUCACAUUUCCUCGUCUUUCCGAAUUGGAUAUCAUUAAUUGCCCUAAGUUAACUUCGUUCCCUUCCCGUGGAAGUCUCGAAGAUUUGGGCUUGGAUGAGGUUGACUGUUUUGGAAAUUCACAAGGUAACGUCGUAUUAAGGGAGCUGCUUAUAGAUGACGGGGGUCUUCUCAACUUAAUAAACUCUCCAGUCAAUGAACUCCACAUAUUCUGGAAUGAGAAGGUGGAGAGUUUAUCAGAAUAUGGGGAUGUAUUCCGGAAAUACAAAUACACUUCCUACCUAAGAAGCCUUCGAAUUUCUCAUUGCUCAAAUUUGAGGAGACUUGGAAGAGGGGGGUUGGAGCAUCUCACCGCCUUGGAGUCAUUAGAGUUUAUAAAAAAUGAUCAACUUAGCUUCUCUGAAGACGAGGUCGAUGACGAUGGUAUGCCAUGGAAAUCCCUUCAACACUGUCUCCGUUCCCUGUCUAUUAAUAAUUGCCGGGCCAUUAAAUCACUUCCUGAAUCAAUGCGGAACCUCGCCUCCCUACAAAACCUUGUGAUAGUUCGAUGUCCAGAAAUACAAAAAAGAUGCAAAGAACCAGAUGGGGAGGACUGGCCCAAGAUUCAACGCAUCCCUAACCAAUCCAUUCAUUCUGCGUUAAAACAGAUUGCCAUAUAUAUUUUCACUCUCAAUUUUUAA